AUGGCGGUGGAACUCCUCCAGCCGGCGGCGCUGGCUCCGAUGGUGGUCCCUGUCCGAACUGCGGCUGCUGACCGAAGGCUGACGGUGGUGGCGCAAACGGAGGCUGCUGUUGUGGCUGAUUCUGUGGUGGAGGAGCUCCAAAGCCCUGAUUUGGCGGAGGAGCGAAUUGCGUGGGUGUCGCUUGCUGUGGUGGAACGAAUUGCUGUGGAAUUGCACCAUGUGGAACGCCGAACUGUUGAGAUGGCUGAGGGAUAGGAGUCGAUGAUACAGAAGAUUGCGGCGUGGGUGGUUGAGGCUGAUGAGACCCCUGUUGAGGUGGUGCGAACUGUUGCGGUGGUGGAGCAAACUGCUGCUGAGAUCCGAACUGUUGCGGUGGUGGAGCACCGAAACUCUGGUGUUGCUGCGUUGGUACGAAGCUUGUUGGCGGCAUCUGCGGCGGUGCAGCAUGUUGCUGAGGAGGAACGAAUUGUUGUGGUGGCUGAGGAGGGGUGUGCUCAUGCGGGAGACGAGAUGGAGAGAAACUUGCGGGUGGCAUGUUAGCCUGAGGGAACGACGGGAUUGAAGACGGCAUCGUCGGAGGUGGUGGAGCGAAUCCUGGUGAUUGAUGCUGGGAUACAUGUGGAUCCUGCACCGCAGAUGGUGCUGAUGGGGGUGGAGCGAAAUCUGAAGGUGGAGGAGCAAAAGCUGUUGGCGCUCCUGCUUCUAACGGAAUUUCUUCCACACAUGGUGCCGACACCUCCUGUCUACCGUCCGGCAAAACCUGUUCUUGAAGCGAUGGCUGGAUAGUGGCCGGUAGCUCAGGCUUUUCAGACGGUACAGGUGAAUUUGGAGAGAGGGAUGUAGCAUCGUAUCCGUUGACCGGAAGAGGCGGAACAUGAUCUCCGAAUCCCGACACGGCGUUCCGAUUCUCAGCUGGCUCAAAAGGUUGAGAACUUGUAAGCUGCGAAGCUCCACGAGUGCUGGAUAUGUUGAAGCUCGAAAGGGUUUUCGAUAGCCGUUGAACAUCAGCCUGGAUCUGAGAGAUUUGCUGUUGAAUGUCGGCCAAUUCAGCGAUAG